AUGAGGCAGAUAUCUGGCUAUUUAAUUAUUGUGCAUGAACAAACACCGCCGGGUGCUGUCAUCUUUAAUGCCUCAGUUUACAAAUUGGGCUCGGAACGCCAUUAUAAAAUCAAUGCACACAAGUCGGCAAACUUUGUGCAUCAUCUAGUCGCGGUCAGUCACAAAGAUGGCCAAAUCCAAUUGAAGAAGUCCCUCAAAUGCGAUGGUAUCUAUUAUCCAAAUCUGUUUACAUUCUAUGUGGACUCCACAUCGAAUCGUUUGAGAUCGAUCGAUUAUUAUAGUCUGCCCGUGCGCAUCUUUAUAUCGGGACACAGCUGCAAUGAGGAUCGCCGCAUUGAACAGGAACUACAUCACCUGCAUCACUUUGAAGAGGAGGAUAAUACGGGAUACUCAAAGAGACGACGACGUCGUCGUGAUCUUUCACAGCAAUUGCUGAUGCUCGAUGGGAAUCAAUUGGAGCAGGCUUAUAGUCAAAACAGCACGGACUUUCAGCCAGGUGAUCUCAUCUUUGGCAACAGUUUCGACAACGAGAUGAGGCAUCGCAUCCUCAGCAGAAAAAGGCGUGGUAUCUCCACGGAUCCGUUGCAACUGCAGCCUGCACUUCACAGAAGAAUCACGGAUGCCAAGCAAUGGAUAUCGGAGACAUAUGCCUCAUAUGCCAUCCACACAACAGACAAGUGGAACCAGAUCUGUCUGCGCAAAUCGCAGUUCAUCAACAAUCUGAAUGCUUUCCUACCCAAAUCCGUAUGCCAGAACUGCAAGGUGAACUUCCUGGAUGUGAACGACGAGAGAUUCGCGAUUGAGCAUCAGAAUCGUGAUCUGGUUGCGAGUCGAGAUGUCUGCAUCCAUGAAUCAAUGUGGAAGGUCAGCAUCACCUUCAACAUUCGCUGCAAUCGCAAUGAUAUCGUUGACUCCGAUCAUCGCCUGAAGAUCGUCUAUCAUCAUCAGGAGUUUAACGACACGGACAUUGCCAAGCGAGUGCGUCGAGAGCUGAGAAAUCAAUCGCCCUACUUCGAGCAGGCUUUGUAUGUGGCCUCUGUGCUCGAGGAGCAGCCAGCAGGAGCUGCUGUCACCACAGUGCGUGCUCGAGAUCCCGAGGAUUCCCCUGUGGUCUACUCCAUGGUCUCCCUGCUCGACUCACGCUCCCAGUCGCUCUUCAAGGUGGACUCAAGGACGGGUGUAGUCACCACAUCGUCUAGCCUGGAUCGGGAACUCAUGGAUGUGCAUUACUUUCGUGUGGUGGCCACAGAUGACAGUUUUCCGCCACGCAGCGGUACCACCACGUUACAGGUGAAUGUCCUGGACUGCAAUGAUCAUAGUCCCACAUUCGAGGCGGAGCAGUUUGAGGCGAGCAUUCGCGAGGGAGCCACUGUUGGGUCUACAGUGAUUACACUGCGUGCUACAGAUCAAGACAUUGGCAAAAACUCGGACAUUGAAUACGGCAUUGAGGGUGUUACAGAUGGCGCUGGCAACACGCAGGAUCAGGAAUUGCCCAUCUUUCGCAUCGACUCACGCUCGGGUGUAAUCUCCACAAGAAGCAGCCUAGAUCGCGAGACUUCAGACAGUUAUCAUCUGCUGGUGACAGCCUCGGACAUGGCGCCAUCGCAGAGCGAUCGGAAGACGGCAACAGCGAGUGUUCUGGUGAAGAUUCUCGAUGACAAUGACAACUAUCCGCAGUUCAGUGAACGCACCUACACGGUCCAAGUGCCAGAGGAUCAAUGGGGCGACGACAACACUGUGGCACACAUACGUGCCACAGACGCAGAUCAGGGCAACAAUGCGGCCAUUCGAUAUGCCAUCAUUGGUGGCAACACACAAUCCCAGUUCUCCAUCGAUUCCAUGAGUGGCGAUGUCACUUUGGUCAAGCCUCUUGAUUACGAGAGUGUGAGAAGUUAUCGCUUGGUCAUCCGUGCUCAGGAUGGGGGUAGUCCGUCUAGGAGUAACACCACCCAACUUCUGGUCAAUGUCAUCGAUGCCAAUGAUAAUGCGCCACGUUUCUACACCUCACAGUUCCAGGAGAGCGUUCUCGAAAAUGUUCCCGUGGGAUACAACAUCAUUCGAGUGCAGGCUUACGAUUCGGACGAGGGUGCCAAUGCGGAGAUCAGUUACAGCAUCUCGGAAAGAGAUGACAACUUCCCGUUGGCCGUCGAUUCACGCACUGGUUGGGUGCAGACCAUCAAGCAAUUGGAUAGGGAGGAGCAGAGUCGCUUUGCGUUUCAGGUGGUCGCCAAGGAUGGCGGCGUCCCUCCGAAGUCUGCCAGCUCCUCGGUAGUGAUAACUGUGCAGGAUGUGAACGACAACGAUCCCACCUUCAAUCCCAAGUACUAUGAGGCCAAUGUCGGAGAGGAUCAACCGCCGGGCACGCCAGUUACCACUGUAACAGCCACAGAUCCAGAUGAGGACUCGCGACUCCAUUACGAGAUCACCACGGGCAACACCCGUGGACGCUUUGCCAUCACCUCGCAGAAUGGACGAGGCCUAAUAACGAUUGCCCAACCGCUGGACUACAAACAGGAGAAGCGUUUUCUGCUCACGGUGACGGCAACAGAUUCAGGAGGACGCUCCGACACGGCCACUGUGCACAUCAAUAUCACGGAUGCAAAUAACUAUGCCCCGAUCUUUGAGAAUGCUCCUUACAGUGCUUCUGUGUUUGAAGAUGCGCCCGUUGGCACCACUGUCCUAGUGGUUUCGGCCACCGAUAGCGAUGUGGGUAUCAAUGCGCAAAUUACAUACUCCCUGAACGAGGAGAGCAUCAAUGGGUUAAGUAGUCCCGAUCCGUUUACAAUAAACUCACAGACGGGAGCGAUUAUCACCAGUGCACCAUUGGACAGGGAGACUACAAGUGGUUAUCUACUGACUGUCACCGCCAAGGAUGGGGGUAAUCCCUCGCUGAGUGAUACAACCGAUGUGGAGAUCAGCGUGACAGAUGUGAAUGACAAUGCGCCGGUAUUUAAGAACCCUUUGUAUCAAUCCUCUAUAUUGGAGGAUGCACUGGUGGGCACCUCGGUUAUACAAGUCUCCGCAAGUGAUCCAGAUAUUGGACUCAAUGGACGCAUCAAGUAUUUAUUGAGUGAUCGAGAUGUGGAGGAUGGUUCCUUUGUCAUUGAUCCAACAUCAGGUACGAUACGAACCAACAAGGGCUUAGAUCGGGAGAGCGUCGCUAUGUAUCAUCUGACAGCGAUCGCCGUGGACAAGGGAUCUCCGCCAUUGUCGAGUACUGUAGAGGUACAAAUCCGCCUGGAGGAUGUCAACGAUUCGCCUCCCACAUUCGAAUCGGACAAGAUUACGCUCUAUGUGCCAGAGAAUUCUCCGGUGGGUUCAGUGGUGGGUGAAAUCCAUGCCCAUGAUCCAGACGAAGGUGUUAAUGCCGUGGUGCAUUAUUCCAUCAUUGGCGGCGAUGAUUCCAAUUCCUUUUCACUGGUCACUCGACCUGGCUCAGAGCGUGCUCAACUACUGACCAUGACGGAGCUGGACUAUGAAUCCUCCCGCAAACGUUUCGAGCUCGUGGUAAGAGCGGCAAGUCCCCCCUUGCGUAAUGAUGCCCAUAUUGAAAUUCUGGUAACGGAUGUGAAUGAUAAUGCUCCGGAGUUGCGCAACUUCCAAGUGAUAUUCAACAAUUUCCGAGAUCAUUUUCCCAGUGGGGAGAUCGGAAGAAUUCCAGCUUACGAUGCGGACGUCAGCGACAAGCUGAACUAUCGUAUUCUUUCCGGAAACAAUGCGAAUCUCCUUCGGCUCAAUAGCAGCUCAGGCGGAUUGAUCCUUAGUCCCCAGCUGAAUACGAAUGUGCCCAAGUUUGCCACAAUGGAGGUGUCCGUUUCGGAUGGCAUCAAUGAGGCCAAGGCCAUAAUGCAACUCUCCGUUCGCCUCAUCACAGAGGAUAUGUUGUUCAACUCGGUGACGGUGCGUCUCAAUGAGAUGACGGAGGAGGCGUUUCUCUCGCCGCUGUUGAACUUCUUUCUGGAUGGUUUGGCGGCAAUUAUACCCUGCCCCAAGGAGAGCAUAUUCAUCUUUAGCAUACAGGAUGAUACAGAUGUCACCUCGCGCAUACUCAACGUUAGCUUCUCUGCCAAGCGACCCGAUGUCUCACACGAGGAGUUCUACACACCGCAGUAUCUGCAGGAAAGGGUAUAUCUUAAUCGAGCAAUCCUUGCGAGACUGGCUACCGUGGAGGUACUUCCCUUCGAUGAUAACCUCUGUGUGCGUGAACCUUGCCUCAAUUUCGAAGAGUGUCUGACUGUGCUGAAAUUCGGCAACGCUUCGGAGUUCAUUCACAGCAGUACGGUGCUGUUUAGACCCAUUUAUCCAGUGAAUACCUUUGCCUGCUCCUGCCCCGAAGGUUUUACGGGCAGCAAGGAACAUUACCUGUGCGACACGGAGGUGGAUCUCUGCUACUCGGAUCCCUGCCAGAAUGGGGGUAGUUGUGUGCGUCGAGAGGGUGGCUACACCUGCGUUUGUCUUGAGUCCCAUACGGGUGCCAACUGUGAGACAAACAUCAGCAAGCUACGACCGUGUAUGUCAGAUGCCUGCGAGGGAGGAUUGUCCUGCAUGAACAACUAUCUCAGUUCACAGCCGCCACCCUACACAGCCAGCUGUGAACUAAGAUCUCGCUCCUUCUCCCGCAACUCCUUCCUCACCUUCGAGAGUCUCAAGCAACGUCAUCGCUUUAAUCUCAAGCUGCGUUUUGCCACCGUCCAGGACAAUGGGCUGCUGCUCUACAACGGAAGAUACAACGAGCUGCAUGAUUACAUCGCCUUGGAGCUUCUGGAUGGACACAUUGGAUUCUCAUACUCUCUGGGAGACAACAGUGAGCGCGUUACCCUCGUGCAACCGUCGAAGAUCUCCGAUGGAAAGUGGCACGAGGUGGAAAUCAUUUACUUUAAUCGAACUGUGACUCUCGUUCUGGACAAGUGCGACACGGCGAUUGCCUUGUCGGGACGGUUGGGUGCACCUUGGAAUUGUGCCAAUCAGACGACACUGAAGCUGGACAAGCGCUGUGCAUUGUUAACUGAGACCUGUCAUCGUUUCCUUGAUCUCACGGGACCCCUUCAGGUGGGAGGUCUUCCAAGUAUUCCUGCUCACUUUCCGGUAGCCAAUCGUGAUUUUGUCGGCUGCAUUUCUGAUCUGCGUAUUGAUGACCGUUACGUGGAUCUCAAUUCGUAUGUGGCGGACAAUGGCACUAUUUCAGGAUGUCCACAGAAGUCGCCGCUUUGUGGCUCAGAGCCCUGCUUUAAUGGGGGCACGUGCCGGGAGGGCUGGAGCACCUAUACCUGUGAUUGCCGCGAGGGCUAUGCGGGUAAUAACUGUCAGGAUAACAUACCAGCUCCGUGGCGCUUCUCUGGAGAUGGCAGCCUGAGCUUCAAUCCUUUGCUGCGUCCCAUUCAGUUGCCUUGGUUGACAUCCUUCUCACUGCGCACACGGCAGGAGGAUGCGUUCCUUAUGCAGAUUCAGAUCGGACAAAACAGCUCGACUGUGAUCUGUCUAAAACAUGGCAUCCUCUACUACAUCUACGACAAUGAGCCCAUGUACUUGGCGGGUGCUUACCUCUCUGAUGGAGAAUGGCAUCGCGUGGAGAUCAAGUGGCUGCAGGGCUCGGAAAUACAGUUCUCCGUGGACUAUGGCCAACGCACCGGUUCGGUGCCAAUGUCUCAGAAGGUACAGGGUCUGUAUGUGGGCAAGAUUGUCAUGGGUAGUGUGGAUGGUACCAUUGGCACUGUCCAGGAUGCGGUUCCCUUUGAGGGUUGUCUGCAAGAUGUGAGAAUCGGAGCGAGUCAAGCGGUUCUUUCACGACCCACAAUUCGUGAGAAUGUCGAGGAUGGUUGUGAGUCUCGUGCUCACUGUCCCAAUAGUUGUCCUGCCCACUCGAGUUGCUCCAGCAGCUGGGAUCACGCCACCUGCGAGUGCACCGCCGGCUACGUUGGUGCUGAUUGUGCUCCUAUCUGUACGGUUCAUCCUUGCGCUGCGGGCAUCUGUCGCGCCAAUGUCAGCCUGUACAGAGGCUACAGCUGCGAGUGCAACAGCAGCUUCCAACAUGGAGAUUAUUGUGAGAGAACUCUCCAACAACCCUGUCCAGGAGGAUGGUGGGGUGAGAGAGUUUGCGGUCCCUGCAAGUGUAACAUCCAACAGGGCUAUCAUCCUGACUGUAACAAGACGUCGGGUCAAUGCUACUGCAAGACGAACCAUUACCAACCACCCAACGAGACCGCCUGCCUUGCCUGCGACUGUUACUCAAUUGGUAGCUUCAACAGUGCUUGCAAUCGGUUGACAGGACAAUGCGAGUGUCGAGAGGGUGUCAUCGGAAGACGCUGUGAUUCCUGUUCCAAUCCCUAUGCGGAGGUUACCCUCAAUGGCUGUGAGGUUGUCUACGAUGCCUGUCCGCGUUCCUUUGCUGCCGGCAUCUGGUGGCCCCGUACUCCUCUCGGCAGCGUGACCGUCGAGAGUUGCCCUCUUCCAGCGCGGGGCAAAGGUCAACGAAGCUGUGACAGUCAAACUGGAAGUUGGAGCACUCCGGAUAUGUACAACUGUACAUCGGAACCGUUUGUCGAGCUGCGUCGUCAGCUUUCGCAACUGGAGAAACUAGAACUUGAGCUCAAUUCUUUUGUGGCCAUCAAAAUGGCGGAGCAACUGCAGCACGCUUGCGAGGCUGUAGAUCGCAACGCCGUCAGCAAACCUCCGGCUCCGAAGCACAACAGAAGAUACAAAAUGGAGUCCUCCUUCCUGCUUAAUGCGGGGGGAGGCGGUGCUGUCUGGUCACAUGAGCUGGAGAUGGAUUACCUUUCCGAUGAGCUAAAGUUCUCCCAUGAUCGUCUCUACGGUGCAGAUCUCUUGGUCACGGAGGGCAUUCUCCAGGAGCUGAUCAACUAUGAGCUAAUGCAAAGUGGACUCAACUUGACACACAGCCAGGACAAGUACUUCAUCAAGAAUCUGGUGGAUGCGGCAAGUGUGAUCCUCGAUCGGAAAUACGAUGCUGAAUGGAAACGCGCCACGGAGUUGAUUCAACGUGGACCUGAUGACCUCGUCGACGCCUUUAACAAGUACAUGGUUGUCCUGGCGCGUUCACAGCACGAUACCUACACAAAUCCCUUCGAGAUCGUGCAGAGAAACAUGGUGCUGGGACUGGACAUUGUCACCACCGAGUCCCUAUUCGGUUAUGAGCCGGAACAGCUCAGCGAGUACCACAAGACAAAGUACCUGAAACCGAACGCCUUCACCACGGAAAGUGUCAUUCUGCCGGAUACGAGUGGAUUCCUCCAGCAUUCGGCCAAGCAGAAGCCUGUGAUCAGCUUUCCCAAGUACAACAAUUACAUUCUGGACAAGCACAAGUUUGAUAAGCACACCAAGGUGCUGGUUCCUCUUGAGAUGCUCGGGAUAACGCCGCCAGAGAGCGAUGAAGUGACCCAGGGAAGGGGUAACGACUAUCGGGCCAUUGUCGCCUAUGCUCAGUACAAGGAUGUGGGCCAAUUGUUGCCCGAUCUCUAUGAUGAGACGAUCACUCGUCGCUGGGGCGUUGAUGUAGAGCUAGCUACGCCUAUAUUAUCACUACAGAUUCUCGUGCCAUCCACAGAGCGGGAACAGCAGCGUCUGGAAAUUCCAUCUCGUAAAAUAUCCUCAGCAGGAGGCGGUAGUUAUUCCUCCUCCUCUUCAUCUGUAUCCUCUUCUUCUGGCAGUUCAGAGCAACAAUUUGUGGAGGUCUUUGAUGUGCCCAAAGCGCCAACGAGUAGCAGUGAGCAGCAGAUUGAGGACAUCAGGAUCACAGCUCAUGAGAUUCCGCCGCCAGCAUCUGUGGAGCAGCAGGAGGCCAACAGCAAUGAGGCCAUAGAGGUGGGAGAGCAGCCUCAUAUACGCCUCAACCUGGAUGACAUUGAGUUCCAUGGCAAUUCUGGCGAGGAACUCAGUGGAGGCGACUCACCGGAGCAACUGAAUCCAAACUAUGAAGGAAAUCCGGACAGCAGUGAGCAGUCAAAGGGGGAAAAUGAUGCAAUUUAUCGAGAUCGUCGGUUGGUGAAACGUCAGGUAGAAGUGAUCUAUCCAUCAGAGCAAUUGCAAAAGCCACAACACAUGGUUUAUCGCUCGCUGGGAUCGCCACAUCUGUCGCAGCCCAUCAAGCUACAAAUGUGGCUAGACAUGGAUGCGGCGCGCUUCGGACCACGCUCGAAUCCUCAAUGCGUACGUUGGAACUCCUUUACCAAUCAAUGGACACGUCUCGGCUGUCAAACCGAGAUACCCGACUUCGAUGGCGGCUUCUCUUCGAACUCGCAUUUGCCCAUCUUGAUCAACUGUAGCUGCACGCACAUUUCCAACUAUGCGGUCAUUGUGGACAUUAUAGAUCCGGAGGAUAUUCCAGAACCCUCGCUUCUAGUACAAAUAACUUCCUACUCGGCCUUCAUGGUCUCCCUGCCUCUGCUGUUGGGAGUGCUUCUGGCCUUGGCUUUGCUCCGUGGCCAGCAGACUAACUCGAAUACGAUUCAUCAGAAUAUUGUACUCUGCGUCUUUUGUGCGGAGCUUCUCUUCUUCGUCGGAAUGCAGUCGAGGCGUCAUCUGCUGGAGAAUGAGUUUCCCUGCAAGUUGAUUGCCAUCUGUUUGCAUUACUUCUGGCUAGCUGCCUUCGGCUGGACAACUGUGGACUGUGUGCAUCUCUAUCGCAUGCUCACCGAGAUGCGGGACAUCAAUCAUGGUCCUAUGGGUUUCUACUUUGCCAUGGGCUAUGGAGCUCCAGCUGUUGUCGUCGGUCUCUCCGUUGGCGUUCGUGCUCAUGAAUAUGGCAAUAGUUUGUUCUGUUGGUUAUCCGUUUAUGAGCCUGUGGUUUGGUGGUUGGUGGGUCCCAUUGCCGGCAUGUCAGUGGUGAAUCUCCUCAUACUCUUUGUCUCGGUGAAGGCGGCUUUCACGCUCAAGGAUCAUGUGCUGGGCUUUGGUAAUCUACGUACUCUACUCUGGCUCUCGGUCGUCUCUCUCCCUCUCAUGGGCGUCAUGUGGGUGCUGGCCGUGUUGGCGGCCUCGGAGCAUUCCCAGCUGCUAAGUCUACUGCUCUCCGGAGUGGUGUUGCUCCAUGCGCUCUUCUGCCUCAUCGGCUACUGCAUCAUUAACAAGCGAGUGCGAGAGAAUCUUCAACGAACCUGUUUGCGUUGCAUGGGCAGAAAGGUGCCUUUGCUGGACUCCUCCAUGGUGGUGAGCAAUAGCUCGCAUAAUGUCAAUGGCGCCGCGAGGCCAAAUAAUUUCCUCGCCAGUAACUACGAAACGACUCGACGUAAUAUUGGCAUCAGUGCAUCGAGCACCACUUCAAGGAGCACGGCAAAGACCAGCUCCAGUCCGUAUAGUGAUGGACAACUGAGACAGACAUCGACAUCCACCUCCAACUACAAUUCGGCCAGUGAUGCGCCAAGUUUUCUGCGUGGAUUUGAAUCCUCGACCACAGGACGCAGUCGUGGCGAAGAGAAGUCACGAAGACAGCGCAAGGAUUCGGAUUCCGGUUCGGAAACCGAUGGACGCUCUCUCGAAUUGGCCUCCAGUCAUUCCAGCGAUGAUGAUGAGUCGAGAACGGCGCGUUCCUCGGGCACACAUCGCAGCACGGCGGUAAGUGCAACUCCAGCCUAUUUGCCCAACAUCACGGAGCAUGUGCAGGCCACCACACCGCCGGAAUUGAAUGUGGUGCAGAGUCCGCAACUCUUUCCGAGCGUCAAUAAACCAGUCUAUGCGCCACGUUGGUCAAGUCAACUGCCGGAUGCGUAUCUUCAAUCGCCUCCUAAUGUUGGACGUUGGUCGCAGGACACGGGCUCGGAUAAUGAGCAUGUGCAUGGCCAGAAGAUGACCAUCUCACCGAAUCCGCUGCCCAAUCCCGAUCUCACCGACACCAGCUACAUGCAGCAGCAUCACAACAAGAUUAAUAUGACGCCCUCGAUCCUGGAAAACAUUCGAGAUGCCCGCGAUGGCUAUGAGGACAGUUUGUAUGGACGACGCAAUGAUUAUCCGGAUAAAUACGGUUCCUACAAGCCACCCAGUCACUAUGGCAGUGAGAAGGACUAUCCGGGUGGUGCUGGUGGUGCUAGUGGCUCCCAAACCAUUGGGCAUUUGCGCAGCUUCCACCCGGAUGCGGCUUACCUCAGUGACAACAUCUACGACAAACAACGCACUUUGGGCAGCGGUUAUUUGGGUGCCAAGUCGGAGUCACCCUAUCUGUCCAAGGAUCGCAUUACCCCCGACAUCUAUGGCUCUCGCGAUGGACACUACAGCCUGAAGCGUCAACCUGCCUAUGCCACAGAUUCCCUUCACUCGGUGCACUCGCUGCUGAAGAACGAUUAUCAACAGCAGCAACAACAGUUGGCUCAGCAGGCGGAUCGCCUGUCGGAGGGAUCGGAUAAGAAUGGCUAUCAUUUUCCGUAUACCGCCGAGGAAGAUCAUCUGCAACAGCAGGCGAGGAAGCUCAGUGGCAGCCAUAUGAUGCAUCCACAUGCGGCGCUCGUUAAUGAUAUGAAUAAUCCUGGUCUCCUCGCUCGGCACACACUCAACGGCAUUGCCACAGCUGGAGGAAUCGGUGGUACAAUUGGUGGUGGCAGCUCACGGCACAGUUCGCGUGCCUCGUCGCCCCCCUCGAACAUGGUGGCGCCCAUGCAACCGCUGGGUCCUUUGGCCAGCAUUACGGACACAGACUCUGAGUUCGACAUUAUUUGGCUGCAUCGCAGACAACAGAGGCAACAUUAUCCUUGGUCGCUUACAAUAUGGCGGAAUAUUGAUGACGAUGAAACCACUGUGUGACGACUGACUGCAAAGCGACAAUUGCAACAUAAGCAGCAACUGCAACAGAGGCAACAGGCAACAAAUCAAUUUGCAACAAUUCGACGCAAGCCACAAUACAAAAGGCAGACAAAUGUUUAAAUAUAAGUAUUUAAAGCUUAACAUUAUAAUUUAAAUACUCACACACAAAAUACACUGACACUUUCACACACACAUCCAAUUGACUGUGUGUGUGUGGCAUUUAAAUCAUGUACAUACUAUAAGAAGAAGAUGGAGAUGAAAGUGGACCGUAAUACGAAACAGUAUACAUAAAACAU